GACAAAUACUUCGCAACUUGGCUUAAUGCUAGUACUGUCAUAGUCGAUGGAAGAAGGCACCAAGGGUAAGAAGACCAUUUUCAUCGGGGGCAUCGGGGAGGACGUUGAUGAAACGGUAAUCUACGAGCAUUUUUCGGCUUUCGGUGACAUCAUUGAAGUACAGCUGCCUCCAGCACCAACCAAUCCAUCACAACCGACAGAAUUCAAACAUCGUGGUUUCGCAUUUGUGACAUACUCUUCACCUGCAGAUGCUCUGGAUGCAAUCGACAACAUGGAUCUCAACGAGUUAAGAGGCAGAGUACUAAAAGUCAACCAAGCUAAGCCUAUGAAGGGCUUGCAGCCUCCGGAUGGAAAUAGAGCUAUCUGGGAAUCAGAAGAGUGGCUGCAACAACAUGCGAAACCAUUGGCACAAAGCGGAGGUGUGCAAGGCCGUACGGCCCAACAAGACUCUUCGGCAGAAAAAGACGAAGAACAAACGAACGGCGAAGACGCAGAUGCUAUGGAAGAGUAACCGAGCCACUCCUACCUCAAUCGCCAUUUCAUGGGAGGUGGAAAAACUGUUUCAGUGAAACUUUGCCAUCUUGCUAGUCUUGAUCAGCUCCUUAUGCCUGCAAGAAAGUAAUGCUGCUGGAGCGGAGACUCAGUUCAAUGUUGGCAUCGGUAAAUGGAUCUGCAACGCCAUGAUAUCAAGAAUACAGAUGUAGUAAAAUAUGUAGAAAAUGAGACAGCUCGUAUACUAAAGU